GAAAGUUAUGCAGAAAUGGAUUUUAAAAGCAUCACCCUGUUUUCAGAUGUUGUACAUCCAAGCAUUUGUUUUCAUCAUUCUCAUGGGAAAACUGAUGAGGAAGGUAUUUUUGGGACACUUCGACCUGCUGAAAUAGAACAUUUAAUUGAGAGAUCAUGGUAUGCAGUGACAGAGACCUGCUUAGAGUUUACGGUGUUUCGGGAUGACUUCAGUCCUAAAUUCGUAGCUCUCUUCACACUUCUGUUGUUUCUGAAGUGUUUUCACUGGUUGGCUGAGGACAGAAUUGAUUACAUGGAGAGAAGUCCUGUAAUCUCAAUAUUAUUUCAUAUCAGGGCAUUAACACUGAUAGCAUUACUGGGUGUCAUAGAUAUCUACUUUAUAAACCAUGCUUACUAUAGUACCCUCACCAAAGGGGCAUCGGUACAGCUUGUGUUUGGAUUUGAGUACGUCAUCUUGAUGACCAUAGUGGCUAUGACGUUCAUGAAGUACAUCCUACAUUCUAUAGACUUACAGAAUGAGAACCCUUGGGAAAACAAGGCAGUGUAUCUACUGUACACAGAGCUAGUCCUAGGUGCGGUGACGGUUGUGUUAUACAUGGCGUUCAUGGUCUUCAUGAUCAAAGUCCACACAUUCCCACUGUUUGCCAUCAGACCUAUGUAUCUAUCUAUGAGGGGAUUCAAGAAAGCCUUACAUGAUGUCAUCAUGUCCAGAAGAGCUAUCAGAAACAUGAACACUAAUUAUCCUGAUGCCACAGAAGAAGAGCUUCAAGUGGACGAUGUCUGUAUCAUCUGUCGGGAAAACAUGACAACAGCUGCCAAGAAGUUACCAUGUAAUCACAUCUUCCACACCAGUUGUCUGCGGUCGUGGUUCCAGAGACAACAGACCUGUCCCACGUGUAGGCGGGAUGUACUGAGGACGACACCAAUCACAACACAAGCCAUGCCCCCUCCUCAGCCCGCACAACCACAGCCCCCUCAAAACAUGUUUGGGGGUCUGGCUGGUAUGCCGGGUAUUCCUCCUCAGAUGUGGCCACAGCCCCCUGUUCCUCCCCAGCAGCCCAACCCAGCACCACCAGGUGGUUCCCAGGCACCACAGACCACCACCUCUACUGCCACGGUCUCCUCCACAUUCCCUCAGCCAUCAGUCUCCACAUCUCCAGGCUUGUCAGCAGGAAUGGGUGGACUUCCUACAGGAAUGGGUUCACUUCCUACAGGAAUGCCACCACCAAUGAUGCCUAUGUUUCCACCUCUUAUGAUGCCUUUUGGCAUGCCUCGUCCUCCCAGCAAUCUCUCUGAGCUGUCUACUGAGGAUCUGAGGAAGAUUGAGGGACAAGAGAGGGAGAACGUGGAGGCCAGGAUUCAGUGGUUGAGGGAUAUCCAGGCCUUAAUGGGUGGAGCCAUGGUGAUGAUCAAUCAGUACAACACAGUAGCAGCUCAGUUAAGCACUCCAGUCAUAAAUACAAAUGUAUCCUCAAAUAAUAGAAGUCAGGAUGAACAGACCAAGAGUGAGGACAUAAAAACCAAAAAUGAGAUAAAAACAGAACCCUCUGGGACAGACCUUAGUUAUGAGGACCUGGAGGGAGCUACGGGGUACACGCCACCAAAAGAGGAAGAAAUGCCAGAAUGGGAGGAUCCAGCCAAAGAAGAGUUUACAGACGAGAUGCAUGAAAUCCGGCGGAGGAGAUUACAGAAGUUUGAACAGAAGGACACUCCAUCAUCGGACACGACCAGCUAGCACCCUGCUGGCUCUGUGUGUUAAUUAUAAACAGUGCCUCCCUCAUCCAAAGAUUUUGUUAACUAAGUUGGUUGUCUGUCUUUGGUUUCCUACUGUCUCUCUGCAUAGAACAGUUGUUGCAGAGUUAUCACCUCAUUUUAUUUCACUGUAUUUAUG